GAGCAGUGGAAUCAUUCAUUCAUUCGUUCGUUCAUCCAUGGCUCCCCUCUUCGCCUCCUGCCACGCCGCCCACGCGUCCCUCCUACUCCUCUCCCCCAACCCCACCGCCGCCGCCGCCGCCGCGCGUGUCCGCGUCGGCGGCCUCCGGGUCAGGCGGCCCCGCCUCCUCCGCCUCGCCGCGGGGGGCACUCCCCCCAACGCAGGGAUCCCCGACCCCACGGUCGACGACGACGAAUGGGGCCGUGAGCCCCCCGCCUCCCCGUCGCCCAACUCGCGCCCCGUCGUCGCCGACGAGUGGGGCGAGCCAGGCGUGCUCGAGCCCGAGCAGCCCUCCGGCGCCGAUACCCCCACCAACGACGACGAGUGGGGCGGCGACCCCAAGCCCACGCCCACGCCGGCUCCGGCUCCGGAGGAGGACGGCGUGCUGGAGGAGCUGAAGCGGUGCUUGGCGGACACCGUGUACGGCUCCGGCCUGGGCCUCCAGGCGUCCGCGGAGGUCAGGGGCGAGGUCGUGGAGCUCGUGGCCCAGCUCGAGGCCGCCAAUCCCACCACCGCGCCCGUCCAGGCGCCCGACCUCCUCGACGGGAACUGGAUACUGCUGUACACGGCGUAUUCUGAGCUCUUGCCGAUUCUGCUGGCUGGGGCAACACCAUUCUCCAAAGUUGAGAAGAUAUCCCAAGAAAUCGACUCGAGAAGCAUGACGAUAGUCAACGCUUCAACUAUUUCGACUCCAUUCGCUUCAUUUUCGUUCAGCGCAACUGCUUCUUUUGAGGCACAAAGUCCUUCAAGGAUCGAGGUCCAAUUCAAAGAGGGGAGCUUCCAGCCACCGGAGAUAUCAUCAUCAGUCAAUCUUCCUAACCAAAUCGCCAUAUUCGGGCAGAAGAUCAGCCUGGAGUCUGUCCAGCAGCUGCUGAAUCCUCUGCAGCAAGCCUUUGCUAGCAUCGCCGGGUCCAUCUCUGGGCAGCCACCCCUCAAGGUACCAAUUCCCGGCAACAACAGGGCCAAGUCCUGGCUUUUGACAACCUACCUGGACAAAGACCUGAGGAUUUCUAGAGGUGAUGGAGGCGGCCUAUUUGUUCUUGCCAAAGCGGGGAGCUCUUUACUAGAUUGACUGCACAUAUGUAAUAGAUAGUACCAAUAUUCAUAUCUGCAAGGUUGAAAUUCACGGCUACAAUGCAGAAUUCUUCAUGUCUUGUUAUACACAAAUUUCUGAUAGUUUUUGAAGUCUGGAGCACCCCAAUACCGAAUCAACUAGCCUUCAGUA